AUGGGAGAGAGCUCACCGGAUCUCAGCCUCCGGCUUCGCCGGGGCAGCUCCGACUCCAGGGAUUCCUUCUACAUGGACUUCGCUCAGGGCAUCGACUCGGACAUCGAGGAGGUGACGAGGCCGGGGGACAACAAUUCUGACCCUAUGAUGGAGAACCAUUUAGAGGAGAAUGGAAACGAGCUGCCGCUGAUCGAGGACAUCACCACGAUCCCGGAGGAGGCGUCGGAGGAGCUUCGCGAGGAGGAGGAGGCAGCUGCGUUGGAGGCCGCGAUGCGAACACCCGAGGGCCCCAUAAUUAACACGGAAGCGGAGAAACCGUUGCAGCAACCACCGCCCCAGCUCUCCACGCUCGCUCCGCAAGACUGGCCAGGAUUGCCGGCUGCCCUGCCGUCACCGGCUUCACCGUCCGCGGUAAUCGUUUCACCGGAAACGCUGUCUAGACACAGCAGCAGCUCACCCUCCCGCGCACACCGGCCACCCCAGUUCGCCCUGGCUCUACCAUGCUCCUCGCAGCCGAUUUCCGCGGUCUGCUACCCGGCACCGGCCUUCCUCGACGUCGCCGAGGACCGGAAGUGGAAGAAGCUCGGAUGCGACGCCCUGGCGACGACUUUUAGCGCGCUCUACGGAAAGCUGUUGGUCGUUAUGGGAAUCGCCUUUCCAAUGGCGGAAGUAAUAUCCACCUACAUACCGCCGUCGUUCUACGAAGGAUUCUACCUGUAUCUGUACUUCGGCAGCAUGAUCUUCCUCGUCUACAUGUACGCCACGUUGCUACGCGAUGGCAAGCCGAAGUCAAAGAAACGAAAGGACGUGUGCGACCUGGACUCGUCGCGAUCGUCGAGCGGCGCCGGCGGCGACAGCGACGCUGCGGACACCACGUGCCCGCACAUGAGCAGCGUAAGGCCGGCUCAACACUACGGCAGCUUUUAUCUUCGAAUGGGCGCUGUGGCGUUUGGUAUCGGUUCGAUGAUCUAUUCAGGUCUCGAGUUCGGACAGUACUUCGAGCUGGAGAGGAACACCAAGUGUCACAAUAUCAUGCUCGCCCUGACACCGGCCACGAGGAUGGCGUUCAUCUUCAUACAGAUGUACUUUAUAUUUCUGAACAACGAGCAAAUGAAAGUUUACCGUCAUCGAGUGGUUGCGCGUUUCGGCCUGAUGCACAUGAUCGGUACGAAUCUGUCCGUCUGGCUGAACGUCCUUGUACAGGAAACGAAACACGAGAUAUUGACGUUCUACGACCCGGAGAACAACACCCUGAAAAUCUCCCAUAGACUAGGCGCGAAGGUGAAUCUGAAUCUCGGAGGACACAGUCACUACCAUCACGGAGAACAUCUCAGGCUUCCGAGAGGUUUGAAGGGGCCGCAUCACAUGUACGAGUGCAGGAGAACGAAUAUAAUGGGAUCGUUGGUACAGGACGCCAGCCCUUUUCUAUUCCCAUGCACCAUAGAGUACAGUUUGAUCUGCGCUGCGAUUUUGUACGUUAUGUGGAAGAACAUAUCGAAAGUGGCGUUCUCGCAGCCUAAGACGCCGCCAGGUUCCAGGCAUCAUACUCACGCUUAUAGAAGAUCGCCUCACCACUACAGCGUGGACUGCGCCCGUGCCCACAAAGGCCUGUUCGUGGGCAUCCUGAUUCUGGUGCUAACGAUCAUCUCCCUGAUCCUCUUCUUCGUCCUCAUCUCUCGUCCAGAGUUAGUCAGCUUCGCCGUGACAGAAGUGAACGUCUGCGAGCUAACGCUGUACGGAAUGUCCACGAUGGCCACCCUAAUAGGGAUGUUCCAAAUGCGAAAGCUACGUUACGACGGGAACAGAAACCUCGAACUGGACAACAUCCUACUGGUAGCAGCGCAAACAGGAAUGUUCAUCUAUUCCACGUUCACCAUCAUCGGUGCUCAGUUCACUCUGGCGAAGCACACCGUCCUAGUCCUGAUAACAGCUCUAGCCAGCGUUCUACAAACGACUUUCCAAACGAUCUUCAUCCUAGACGCUUCGAGGAGAUCCGUCGCGACAGCGAAGCAAAUCAGAAGAAAGCCAGGCAGAGAGAUAGUGACGUUCCUUCUGGUGACGAAUCUAGCGAUGUGGGCGAUCAACACGUUGGAGAAAUCUCGGGCAGAGUCUCAUCCUGUCCAGCUACACUUCUACGGUCUCUGGGCAUGGACGAUCAUCACGCACGUCUCGAUGCCUCUCGCGAUCUUCUACAGGUUCCACAGCACCGUCUGUCUCUGCGAAGUUUGGAAACGAGCGUACAAAGUGAAGCCUACCUACAUGUGACGCAAGGGAUCCCGCGAGGUCGUGUACAAGA